ACCGCAAAGGGGGCGUAUAACAGACACUUUGAUUGCAUUGUAAACGUCUAUUAAACUGCGAUUUUGACAAGAUAGUUACAAAAAAGAACUUGAGAGGUGCACAACCUCUCAUAAUCCAUGAGAUUUUUCAGAUCUUCCUCAUAACUGGAUCAGCAAAUAAGAAACGAAGACCACCAUGUCUAGCAAUAAAGAAGCUGUCAGAUUGGUAAUGCUUGGCAAAACAGGAAGUGGUAAGAGUUCCCUAGCGAAUGCACUAUUAGGAAAGAAAUAUCGUUUUAAAUGUGGUACCUUACUAGGUUCAGUCACAACAACAUCCGAGGCAGAUGAAGGCUACUGUAAAGGCACUGCAGUAAAAGUAGUGGACACACCUGGAUUUUUUGACACCAAUGUUGAAGAAGAAGAAAAUAAAAGAGAAAUAAUACGAUGUCUUGCGCUGUCGGAAGCAGGCCCCAAUCGCUUUGUUUUCUGUAUCAACGCGGGAGCAAGGUUUACCAAGGAAGAUAGCGAAACCUUCCGAAACGUAAAAAUGAUUUUUGGCGAUUCCGUCACGGAACACAUGGAGAUUGUGUUUACCAAUAGAGGCCGACUGGACGAAGAUGGAAUCUCAGAAAAAGAGUAUAUAGAGUCAGCACCUUCAGAAUUAAACAAAAUGUUACGAGAAGUUAGGAAUAAGCCUGUCUUUAUAAAUAGCAAGUCGCCCAAUUUAGAAACUGAAUUAGGCCGUAUGUCGAUAUUAAUAAAGGGCGUGAAGACAGACAGCUUUUAUACACACGUAAAAUACAACCGUGCAAUCGGUAUCUUGAAAAGAUUAGUUGAGGUUGAAGGAAAGUACAUGAAGGCUUAUACACAAUGGAAAAACAAACGGGAAGAUAUUGUUAACUGCUUCUCUAAUUUUGAGUUUGAUCUGAAUAAUAUGGUAAAGGACGUCCGCAUCAGCAAAAUAGCUGGAGGUGUUGGCGGAAUUGUAGGAUCUACUAUGGCGGUUGUAGGAGUUGUAGCUGCUCCAUUAACGCUUGGUACCUCCUUAAUUUUGACAGCUACUGGAGCUGCCAUUGGUAUAGCUGGUGGUGUCACUGGUGGUGGAGCGACGAUAGCAGAUGUAGUCAUCACCAAAAAACGCAAGAAAGAAAUGGAGGCUCUACUAAAAGAAGAUAGAGAACUUUUGGUGAAACUCGGUGAUGAAGAAGUUAAAUUUUACCACGUAUUAUCAGAAGUAUUUUCAAAUAAUGAGAUUAAGUGUGUUAUUCAGAAUGUCGUUAACAAAUCUAUUACUCGCUCCAACGAUAAAGUGUUUAAGGAAGAGGUAAAGAAGGGUCUUGAUAAAGCUGGGGAUUAUUUACUACAAUUGUUAAAUGUUGAAAAUAAGUAUCUGGAGCCAGUAGAAACAGAUACCAAGCAUGAUGCUAGCGUAGUUGCAGCAAAUGCGGCCGUGACAACCGGUGGCCAAGUGGCAAAAACAGUCGCUGUUGCUACAGACGCGACAACCGACGUUGUAGGUAGUGUUGCAAGAUCCGCAGCUACUGCUGUAAAAGUAACAGCUAUUGCAGGCAUUGUUGCAUCCAUAAUUACAUUACCACUUGAUUUAUACACUAUCAUUCAGAGCUCCAAAGAUCUACAUUUAAAUACAAAACACCAAUUAGCAACCAUCAUACAUAAUAUCAGGGAAAAUCUGAAAGAGAAUAUGGACGAUUAUGACAAAGAUCGGGAUGUUCUUUUUGUCUUUGUUGAUGGAGUUUCAGAAUUCUUAUACCCCCUUCAACAAAGGCUAUAGUAGACUGUAAAACCCAUUAGUUGGAAUUCCAAUUAAUAGUAGGCCGUAGUGCUAAGGUCAAAAUUCCUCACCAUGUCACACUGUAUGCCCGUCUUUAUUAACGCAGUCUAAGCAGAAAAGUAGGACGUUAAACCUCAUUACAUGUCAUUUACACUGCAUACUCAAGUUCACCACCAUAAACAAAAUAUUUCAAAAAAGCUCAAAAUAUUUCGACAGUUAUACCACAUUUAGAUUAUAGAACAUAAAACUAAAUCCAGCAAGACGAUAUUGUCUAUUGUUCGUGAAAUUUGGAUAUUAUAUAAUCUACAUAAUCGUAUCACAUAUUAGAAAAUUUACAAAUGAUCCAACAUCUUGUAAAACAGAAUCGUGAAAAUGUUGUUUCUUUAAUAUUAAAAAUUAUUUAGCUAUAUAAAACAUAUAUUAGUUUUGUAGGAUCUCUAAUUUAUAUCGAGUUAGGGGUUAUUUUAAUAUAUAAAUACAAUUGUAAUGAAUUUAUAGUGAUUGUGGAACGGGCUCAGCUGUUCUGAAUAGCGACUGGGGAAAAGGGUAGAGAUAUAUAACAGAAAACACACAAAAUGGAAGAAUUUCUAUGCUUCUUAUAUUCCAGUAUCACCUUGAGUUUUGAUUUAACGUUGGAGAAUUGAAUGUUUGAUAUCAAAUUUUAUUUUACAGUACAAUUUUUUUUUAUUAUUGCGGAACCCUGGGGUACUGCACGGAGCACAAAUUAGGAACCACUGCCCCACGCGUUUUGUUACAGCGGGAAAUUUUGCUUUAAAAAAAAUAUAAUUGAUUUGGGGCAUAUUUUAUAACGUGAGAACUAUUUGGUUAAUAGAAAUAGAAUAUAUGUAUUAAGAUUCAAAAUGUUUUGUGAUAGUCCUAUGAAUAUGUUUAUGUGUAUAUUUUCCCAAAAGUUAAUGAGAUGUACUUUAUUUUCAAUAUCUAAAAAACGCGUAAGCUGUUAAGUUUCUGUUUUGUGAGGCAAUACCAAUGAUUUAGAUUUAUCUUCCAAUGAAUUGUAGGUAUAUUUUCCCGAAAGUUACUGGGAUGUACUUUAUUUUCAAUUCCUAAAGGUUGGAACGUGUAUUUACACUUUCAAACAACUGAGCAUUGUGGUUGAUUUAACUUUGUUGUUAAAAUUUUAUGUAUUACAAAAAAACAGUAAUUAUUGAAGAUAAUUAUAUGAGUUAAAAUUAUCCAUAAUGGUUUAUCUCGACUAAAAACAGAUUAAUAAGACAUUUGUUUAGUGUGUUUGAUAAGAUCCUUGUUUUGAAUUGUUCGAAUAUAUUAUUCUUCAUGUAUUUAUAAAUAUUUAAUCUUGCCAACCUAAAAAAGGAAGAAAUGAUGACUAAUGUAUAAUUAUUUUGUCUGCUUCACAGACAUAUUUGGAAGGAAUGUAAAACAAUGAUAUGGAUAGGUUUAUCUGACAGUACACGUAGUCUUAGAAUUAUUUAUAUUAUGUUGCACAUGCAUUAAUUAUAUUAAGUUAGUUAAUUAGUUAGUGUUCUCAUAUUAUUAGAUAAUAGUACACAAUUUCCCUUUUAAUGAAAGUUACUUAUAUAUAUAUAUGUAUAAUGCUUGUGAAUGGUUAUUAAAUACUAAUAAGGUUAUUGAUAACACCUUCACCAUUAUAAAUGAUCUACAUUAGAGAUAGAUAGAAACAUAACGCAGACAACGCAGAACGAGGGCAUGUGACAAUGGAAGCGGGCGUGGCUGUUGUAGCCUGAUAGUUAUUUGUGUAUUAUAGAAUUAUAAGUUUUUUCCUGCACUGUUAUAAUAAACGAGAUGUAACCACAA